AUGGAACAACCACCCGAGUCCAUAUUCGCACCGAUCGACAACUGCUUUGAUCACUCUAUAGUUUAUUACUUCAGAAUUCUCAAAUGGAACUUUUUCCUAAUGCUCAUCUUCGCCGUCCUCCACCUCCCAUAAUUGAUAUUCUGCAUUACAGGAAACAGCAUAUUCAAUCAAUUUCAGCUACAAUUGGAAACCUUCACAGUAGCCAACCUUGAUAUCUCAAAUGAGACUGCUUUUCUCAUUGGAGUCUUAGGAGAUGCAAUUGGAACCCUUCUCUACUUUUUGUCAUUACUAUACCUACGAUACAAUGCCAUCAACAAAGAUGCAUAAUUCAAAGUAUCCAGCAUCUCACCUUGGAGCGUAGAAGUAAAUGGAUUUCCAUCAGCUACGAUAGAUCCAGAAGACUUGCGUUCCAUUCUUCAAUCCAAUACACAUGAGAUAUACUUGGUGCGCAAUUUCUAGGGUACUCUAAGCAUUAUGAAGAACAAGGCAUUCAAGGAGAGAUAGAUCAGAUUAGAAAAGAAAAAGUUAGAAGUAUUUUCUAAGAGAUUAUCAUAAGCAGAUAUGUACGUAAGACAAGACUUCAUCAGAGUAUUGACUGAUGAAUUAAAAGAUAUUACAAAGGAACUAGCAGAUAAAUUCAAUAUCUUCUUAGCUCCAGAUGACUUAGAAUCUAUAAAGGCUUUCGUUGUCUUUAAAAGCAAAGUUGAUCGUGACCUAUUUUAUGAGAAAUAUAAUUAAGAUUGCUUAGUUAGAAAUGGCAUCUAUUUAUUUUUAAAUUAACCUUAAGAAUUGAAGCUAAGAGGCUUAUACACCAUAAAAGUAACAGAAGCUCCUGAUCCAAAUGAAAUCAAAUGGGAAAACAUGGAUUAUUAAGAGAGAAACAAUGUUCAAAUUAUUCUCAUGCAUCUAGUCGUAGCAAUCAUAUUAUUAGCACCAUUGAUAGUAUUUGAAAACAUGGCUUUGAAGAAUGCAAGGAACAAUACUGUUAAAUGCACUGAGUAUUGUUUGGAUAGUGAUUUUACAAGAACAGCCUAUUACAUCAUCACAGGAUUCUGGAUAUUUGUAGCUGAUAUAUUGGGAUGGAUCUUUUUGGAGUUAAUCAUUAAUAAGGAAAAAUAGAUAUACUUAGUUUAAGAAUAAAAGGUCAUUUUGAUUAGAAUCAUAGUCUAUUUGACAUGUUAUACUUUAUUAGUACCAAUUUUAAUUUCAUGGGAAACAAUAGGCAACAUAGUGUUGGUCGUUUAAAGUUAUACAUCAACAGAAAAGUCAUUAAUUUUUAGUGAUGAUUUAGAUAGAAAAUGGAUUAUUAAUCAUGGGUUGAUAUUUUUGUGGGUGUCUAUUUUCUACACUCUUAAAUUAAUAAUUUUGAGUAUUGCAUCAGGAUGUCGAUGUAUAACCGGUGGAAUAAGAGACUAGGAAGAAUUGUAAUUAAUUGGUUCUUUGUUAACAGACGAAAAUGAUGAAGAGAGAUAAAGAUUGACUGGAUAAUAAAAAACUACAGGAAACAAUACUAAUAAUAAUAAUCAAUCCCAUCAAACUCUCUUCUUAUUAAACUUAGAUGAGAGUGUUAAUUAUAACAUUCAAUCAAGAUAGAAUCUAGACAUUAAAACAGGCAAAACAUUUAGACGUGAUUCUCCAUUGAUAAAUAGCAAUCCAACUUUUAGGACUGGACUUAGAUAUGCUAAAUUAUUGUUUAGUAUAUUCCUAUCAACUAUUGUAUCAGCAGGUCUGCCUCUAUUGCCUCUAUUAGGAGCCAUAUAAAUAGGAUUACAGUAUGUUUAUGAUAAGAACAUGUUAUUGAAAUAUCAUUCUUAUAAUGAAAAGCAAUAGGUGAAAUUGUAGGAGCAAUUGAAAUCAGUGGGGAUUAUCACAUUGAAAUUCAUCCAUUUCUUUCUUGUGCUGCAUUUAAUUUUCAGUGUCUUGAUAUAUGGUUAUCCAUACAUUUACACUUAGAAUGGUAUGGGGAUUUCAUAGGAUUGGAACGAUUCAUCGAAUAAAUUAUUAUACAAAUUAAGCACUGUCAUACCCCUCACUUUGCUAUUUGUAAUUUUAGUAGUUGCUCUGAUUAUCGACUUAGUAUUUUUUGGAAUUAACAACAAUUGGAAGAUCUAGUCUGAUUAAAUUGGAUAGGACGUAUCCUAGAACCUUGAAGAUCACGUUGCGAUGCUGAAAGAACAAGGGAGUGCCGUUUCUUAUAAUUUAAAGCACCAUGACGAGUUUAGGGACAUUUUGCUGAGUCAGAAAUAAGAAAGCAUAAGAGCUACUCUAAAUUAAUUCAAGCAUUGA